AUGUUUCAGCCCACCAAGUCUAUACAGUCUCGGAUGAGCGACGACGACUUCGAGUCGCCUGGCUUAGCUCUAUUCACCUCCAUUCGCGACAACGACAUACCGAGGCUGCGACGACUGAUUGAUGCCCUGACCCCUGCGGACUUGCAUCAACGCCUAGAAGACGAAACCGUCUGGGGCAUGCCACUCCACGUUGCAACUCUUUGCAAUAGUUCAGCAGCAGUGGAAAUUCUUCUGAGUGCCGGCGCGAGUCCUCUAGCCUUGAGGCAUUCAAGCGACGACGACCGCACGCCGCUGGAAAUAGCCGCUCGACAGGGCAAUCGAGCUAUUCUGCGACAGCUUUGGCAACAUAUCGACCCCGAUCACCACACCAAUAACUACACAAACUUCCAGUCAUGCCUUGUUUACUCUGCCAUGUACGAACAAGUGUCGAUUGUCGCUGACCUACUGACAAGCUUCAAGGCCAAGACAAGUAUCUUUGAAAGGAUUGACUACCGGGGGAUUGACCACCUCGAGCAGCAACAGCUGAUUGCGCUGCUGGUGGAUGCAGGAGCCAACCCCAACUCGACUCUCAAUCGUUCAUCUACCAUCCUGUCAGCUGCUUUCUGUAUGGAUCUAGUCGGUGCAUUGAAAGCGCUUCUUGAAAAAAGUGCGGAUCCCAAUGCAACAAUGCAUACAGGAGUGUCUGCACUGCAUCGCCUUGGCUUCCCAGUAUCUAUUAAACGAGCUCCAACGAAACGUGGGUUACAUGAGACAGGUAUCCGUCUCCUUCUCAAGAAAGGUGCUUCUGUUUGUCAGGAAAACAAGUCUGGAGAGACCCCCAUCCACUAUGCAGCAUGUGGCUCCAACCUUCGAAUCCUUCAACUCUACCUCUCUGCAUACCCAGGCGACGAAGUCGACGAUUUCAUACGGUCUAAGAACCGCCACGGAGAAACGUUGCUGCAUAACGCAGCCGCAGGGUGCAGCAUUGAGAUUAUUGAAUAUCUGUUAUCUGAUGGCGGCAUAAAAGGCAGCAUCAAUCAGGCCAACUCAAAUGGUUGGACCCCCUUUAUGUGUGCCCUGGCUCAGACUGCCGUCGAUGGCAUCCCGCCUUUAGCAAACUGCAAAACGCCAUUGCAAGUACUACCAGCCGUACAACUUCUGCUUGCCCACGGAGCCAAUCCCCUUGUCGUCACGGCCGAGGGCUGGACGCCGUUACAUUGCCUCGCACUCUACCAUAGCGAGAAUACCAGCGACGAAACUAUCCAGCUGAUUGACAAGCUCGUUUUAGCAGGUGCGGAUGUCAACGCUUGUGCUUUGUUUCCAUUUGACGACGAGCCAAUUCCUGGCCACCCUCCGGCUUCUGGCCCCAAGGCAUUCGGCUGGGGCCACCAGGUUGAAGAAGUCAUAAAGGACCCUGCGAGUAAGAGAAUGGUCGUUCGAUCCGGUCUCACACCGCUGCAUUUUGCGGCCGCCCACGGUGCUGUGGGCGUGAUUGCGGCGCUUCUACGACAUGGAGCCAAUCCUGCGGCUGAAGAUUCCACUGGAGCGUCGCCGGCGAGAACAGCAGGGGAUUCAGCGCGGCUUAGGUACCAGCCUAAGGCCCAAGAAAAUAUCAUCACCAUGUUGAUGGACGCUGGAGGUUCAUAUUAA